GACGCCACUUCCGUCCGGCUCAGCGAUGACGCCACUUCCGGGCCCUUGACGCCACUUUCGGCGCGUCCGGGCCGAGGCGGAGCGGGAGCGGCGCGGGGGGGCCCGGCGGGGCCGGGGCGCAGGCCCUGAGGAUGUCAGACGGGAUCCUGAGCAAGGCAGCCACCAUGGAGAUCCCCAUCAGCAGCAACGGGGACACCAGCAGCCUGCCCGAGGAUGAUGGCCUGGAGCAGGACCUGCAGCAGGUGAUGGUGUCGGGACCCAACCUGAACGAGACCAGCAUCGUGUCGGGCGGCUAUGGGGGCACAGCCGAGGGCAUCAUCCCCACGGGCACCAUCAAAGCCCCCCCAUUUCCAGGCUCUCUUGUCCAUCCUCACCCCCCCCGAGGACCAUCGGUGCCCCCCAGCGCGCCCGCUGCCCGUAGGAUGGCCCGCCCGGCCGCGCCUCCCGCAGGCCCCGGGCUGCACCCACCACCCCCCGGACCCCCAGCUGGUGGAGAGGAGGUCGUGCGUGGCAUUGCCGUUGAGAAGUUUGACAUUGUCAAGAAGUGGGGGAUCAACACCUACAAGUGCACCAAGCAGCUGCUCUCGGAGCGCUUCGGCCGGGGGUCGCGCACGGUGGACCUGGAGCUGGAGACCCAGAUCGAGCUGCUGCGGGAGACCAAGCGCAAGUACGAGAGCGUCCUGCACCUGGCACGGGCACUCACGGCCCACCUCUACAGCCUCGUACAGACCCAGCACGCCCUGGGCGAUGCUUUCGCUGACCUCAGCCAGAAAUCCCCUGAGCUCCAGGAGGAGUUUGGGUACAACGCGGAGACGCAGAAGCUGCUGUGCAAGAACGGGGAGACGCUGCUGGGCGCCGUCAACUUCUUUGUGUCCAGCAUCAACACGCUGGUCAACAAGACCAUGGAGGACACGCUCAUGACAGUCAAGCAGUACGAGACGGCCAGGUUGGAGUACGACGCGUACCGCACGGACCUGGAGGAGCUGAGCAUGGGCCCGCGCGAUGCCGGCGCUGUCAGCCGCCUGGACGCGGCCCAGAGCCAGUUCCAGAGCCACAAGGACAAGUACGAGAAGCUGCGGGCAGACGUGGCCAUCAAGCUCAAAUUCUUGGAGGAGAACAAGAUCAAGGUGAUGCACAAGCAACUGCUGCUGUUCCACAACGCCAUCUCUGCGUACUUUGCUGGGAACCAGCAGCAGCUUGAGCAGACCCUCAAGCAGUUCAACAUCAAGCUCAAGACCCCCGGCGCCGAGAAGCCCUCCUGGCUGGAGGAGCAGUGAGCCCCCUGUGCCCCCCUGGAUGGAGGAGCACACAUGGACCUCAGUUGUGGCCGGGGGCUCGUGGGGGCCACAGCCCAGGCCUGGUCUUGGAUGGGGGGGGCCACCAGGUGUGGGGAGCUGCCAGUGGGCUGGGUCCCCCCUCAUCCCACAGCCUCUCCUCAGGGCAGGGCACAGCAGCUCCUCAGCACAGACCCCACAUAGCAGACAGCUGGAGCCCCCCUGCCCCUGACACUCCUAAGGGGGCUCGCUGGGCUGCUGCCCCCAGACACCCCACUCACCUUGGGGUGAGCCAGGACCUUCCACUGUCCCCCCUCUGCCUCCCCGGGGCAGGAUGAGGGUGCACCCCUCCCAGGCCCACUGCCAGGUUCCACCCAGGGAGCCCCCUGCCCUGUGGCACAGUGGAGCUGGGUGGGGGCAGCACUGGAACAGCCGGGCCCCCCCUGUGUCGGGGACGGGCUGUGGGGCCUCCCCACUGCACCUGGCACCCAGGGGGGCUCCCGCUCUGCCCGCCGCUGCCAGGGACACCCUGGCCCCCUCCAGGCUGGUCACAGUGUUUCCAGCCUGGCCGAUCAUGCACUCCUGAUUCACAGGGGGCUGCACCCCCCAAAGACCCCCCUGCUUCCCCAGGGCUGUGGCAUCCUGGGCUGGGCUGGUGAGGGGUCCCUGUGCCCUGCUGCUAGUGGCAGGGGGGAGUCGCUGGCCAGUCACAGGUCCCCUGGAACCCUGGGAGAGGAUGGGGGGCUCCAAGCAGGGACCAAACGUCAGUGGCGGCACAGGGGGUGCACGUGUGUCCAUGCAUGUCCGUGUGCGGGCACAGGCAUGUCCCGGGCCUGGGGCACCUGUGCUGCACAUGGGGGGCUGGGGUCCCGGCCAGGGUCCACCCCGACCCCAUGAGGGGCCCCCCCGCCUACCCCCGCACUUGGGCACUUUCUCCUGAGACAAAACUGUUGGUUUUUCUUGCUCAUUAAUUUAACUGAUAAUUUAAUGUCGGGAUCCGACUUCCCCCUGCCCGCCCUGGUGAUGGUCUGACCCCCCAACCCCUGACUUCUGUAAAACCCCGAAUAAAUGGACAGAUCAGUG